AUGCUGACCGACGAUCUCCCUUGGCCAGAGCUCGGCAAUGUCUCACGUGGCGCCACUAGGGGCAACCAGGGCCAGAAAGGCGUCCUCGGCAACCCUGACUCCGAGGGCCGCUGUCAGCUUCAGCUCCGCGUCCAGCCCGGCGUGCUCGCCGUGAAGCUCAAUCGACAGUCCAGCGACUGGUACCGCACCCUCCGCGACGAAGUGAGCCGCGCCCUGAAGCUCACGAAGACGUACUGGCGCAAGGCCCGCAGGCGGCAGGACUACGACGCGCGCGCGGACCAAGAUCACAUGGAGCUCCACGAAUGGCUCCAGCAGCUGAAGGACAAGGUCAUGUCGCACCUCGAGGUCCUCAUGCAGAAGGGCGAGAUCCAAGGCCCGCCGUACAUCAUGCCCGACAACGUCGAGCUCACCUUCCUCCGCAAGUUCAUCGAGCGCCAAGCCGCCGGUAUUCCCCACAAUCCCCGCCUCCGUCGCGCCCUCGGGCAGAACCCACGCCCGGUGGGUGUCGACCCGCACUUUUCCUCCAAGCUCUCCGUCGGUUCGUCGCCCUCAAUAACACUCGCCGGAGUCAUUGGGUUUUCUGACAAUCAAGACGGCGACGACGACGACUCAGGACCUCUCCUUGAUGGGAAUGAGUCCGGAGCUUCACAUUCGCUUCUCAAUGAAGUCAACUUGAACCGCCGCAAUCUCGCGAGCGCAAGAGCAUCAUUCGCCCGCGCCCAACGCGAUACACAAGAAGCAUUCGCCCGCUACACCGCAUGCAUGGAUGCGGAAACACAGGCGCGACAGCAGCUCAGCAUGCUCGAAGAGCGGCGUGACGGACUCAUGGCCUCCCUUGCAGAGAGCUUCCGCACAGAUUACAUGGACUGUGAUGGAUCCACGAAACAUUCGCCCCUGGUCGACGGCCGCGUCGAGCGCUCGGACUCCCGAGCGAGUACAUCGCAAUCUCACGACGAAGUCAUGAACGCGAUGCCGAACAACCACGUGGGUAUGCAGGACAACGUCGGUUGGAAGAUGCAGCAGUGGUCACAUGGCGAUGCUAUGGCCGUCACCGAGAUCCCGCGCGGACACCACCAUCACGACAUUGGCUCGGUUGAGCAGACGUUCUCUCCCGUUCGCGCCGCGCAGGAGAUGCAAAUGAACGCGAUGGGCCAACUGGAGCGCAAACAUCAGCGCAGCUGGGAGGACCAGAUGCACAACCAAACAGCGUUCGAAGUGAGUGAUUCAAGACUCUAUCCGCCGAGUUCCUGGCCCCUGCAGCUCGGACGGUAUGCUCCCCAAUGA